AUGGCUCCGCCAGCCGCGGACGUGACGAGCGCGGCUGAUUCCGCUGAAGCUGCGCCGGCUGCGGCGCGGGCGACUGCACGCACGGGGAGACGCGCGCAUGCGAGUUGCGCGCCUGGUGCGUCUGAGGGGGUUGAGCGGGCGACGACGGAUGGCGACGAUGGCGACAUAGCGCGGGGUGCUGCGACGGGCGACUUGCGCAAACAGCAGCAGAGGCAGCCGCCGCCGCGGGGAGAGGAUGCAGGAAGCAGUGCGGUGGAGGGCGGUGCGCCUGGUAGGGCUGCGGAUAGGAGCGCGGGCGCAGGUUUCCAGCGCAGCGUCUCUCUCCGUCGGGCCAAGCCUGACACUGCGCCAUCCGCGCGGCCGCUGGGGGCCACGGCGGAACCGGGCGCGCAGGCGGAAGGCCGCGCGGGCAGAGGGCGGGGAGAGGGGCGGGGACGAGGACGUGGGGAGGGCGGCAGGGGAGGGGAAGGCCGCGGACGGGCUGAGGCGCGCGGGCGAGGGCGGGGGAGGGCGGGGGGCAGGGCGCGCGAGCACGUGUUGGGGGAGGGCAAGGGGAGGCAGGGCGGGGAGGGGGAGCCGCGGGAAGAGCAACGGCAGGCGGAAGGGUUGCAGGCCCGUGGGCGCGGGGGGGGCCGCGGACAGGGGAAGGCGACAGGAGGCGGAGCGGGCGGCAGUAGCAGCAGCAGCGGGAAUGCCAACGCCAGCGCCAGGAGAGUGCUGCGCAAGUCCGUUACAGAGCCCCGCGGGGCGCUCAAUAGCGCGGCUGCUAGAGCGCGGCUGGGCGCGGGGGGCGCGGAGGGGGGCGCGGAGGGGGGCGCGGGGGAGGAUGGGGGGGAUGCGUUGGCGGAGGAGCAGCGGCAGCGCACGCUGCAGCAGGUGCGGCUGCACCAGCUGUGGGCGGAGCAGAGGCAGCGGCGGCGGGAGGAGAUGCGGCUGGCCAAGGCGCAGGAGAGCCAGGGGCGCGGGGAAGCGGACGCGGACGCUGGGCGCGCGGGGAUGGGGGGAGGGGGAGGGGCGGAGGGAGAAAAGGGUGCGGGGGGAGGAGGGGGUGCGGUGGGAGAGGGGGACGAGAAAAGAAAAGAAUUAGGGUUGAAGAAGGAAAGGGCAGUGGGGGCAGACGAAUCCACGCUGGGGAUGGUCCAGGCACGGGCAGGGGCACAGGCAGGAGAAGCAAGCAAGCAGGCGGAGGAGGAAAACCAACAGCAGCAGCUGGGGAAGCAUCAGUCGGAGCAGCUACACUCGGAUCAACCAGAAUCGGAGCAGCAGCAGGCUCAGCAGGAGCAGGAGCAGCAGCAGGGAGCGGAAGAGGAGAGGGAAGAGCAGGCACACGGGGGUGCAUCCUCAGGUGCAGCUGAACAAGAGCCAGUGCUGCUGCGCAAUGUCUCCAUCCUUCGUGCCCGCCACCAGCAGCAGCAGCGCUCCCCUCUCCUUCCUCUCUCCCCUCACUCCCCUCCCUCGCCUUCCUCCCCCUCCUCCCUUUCCUCCCCUUCCUCCCCUUCCUCGUCCUCCUCGCCCCACUCGCCGCUGCACCCUCGCUCUCUGCAGCUGCGGCCUGCGGCUGUGGAAUCGGAGCAACGGGUGCAGCACACACACUUAGCGCACCCGCCAUUGCAGCAGCGCCAGCCGCCGCAGCAGCCGCAGCCGCAACAGCAGCAGCAGCAGCAGCAGCAGCGACAGCAGUUCGGGUCAGCGGCUGCUACUACAAGUGCUCGUGCACCAAGCGACGGCUGUGAUUAUCUCUCUAGUGACGGCGAGGAAUCACACGGGGCGCUUUCAGGUUCGGGUCUUUCUGGCUCGGGCGUUUCUGGUUCGGGCGUUUCUGGUUCGGGCGGGUGGUUCGGGCACAGUGUGGCGCAGCGCAGCUGGGAAGUGCAGCAGAUGCAGCGAGAGGUGCUGGAGGAACUAGAGGAGGAAUGGCAGGCGGAGAGGCGCAAGGAGAGGCAGAGGGAGGGUGAUUCUCACCGCAACCAGAACCACCAAAGCUCGCAGCAGCAGCGGCAGCAGCAGCAUCAUCAUCAGCAGCCACAGCCGCAGCAGCAGCAGAAGCAGCAGCAGCAAUGCGGUGCAGCAGGCCAAGUGUGCUGUGCUGCAGGCGGCUGUCACCACUACCCCCCUCCCUCCCACCCUGAUUGCUCUCCGCGCUCUCUCCCACCUCAUGCACCCUGCUCCUGCUCCGCUUCCGCUGCUUCUGCUGCGCCCCCCUCCUUCCCGCAUUCUCUCUCUGCUCCUCUGCCUGCUGCUCUCUCGUCUCCGCCAGUGCACCCCUCCUGCUGCCCGUACCACAGUAACAACCCUCACCACCACCACCACCCCCACCAUCACCAGCAGCAACAGCAGCUGUUGCAGCAACAGCAGCAGCACAUGGCAUCCCAUUCCUCCUCGCACUCCUGCCAACACAGCAAACCUUUACCCUCACCACCACACAUUCUACCCCAUCCCUAUUCCCCAUCAGCCAUCCCGCCCGCCCCUCCUGCCGCCGCUCGGCGCGCCUCCCACCCCUUGCACCCCCCUGCCCCGCUCCCCCCUCGCGCACCUUCCUUCCCCCCACACCCCUCCGCCUCCGCCUCCGCCUCUGCUUCCCGGCGCCUAUCUAAAGCUUCCAGCGCGCCUCAGCGGUCCCGCGUGUGGGAUAGCGUCCCCAGAAGCCCCUUGGGGGACAGCAGCAGCAGGCUGAGAGGGGGACAUUCCGUGUGGGAGGAGGAGGAGGAAGAGGACGAUGAGGGAGAGGAGUUUUGGGAAGAGGAGGGGGGAAGGGAGGGAGGAGGGCACGAUUGGGAGGAUGCGAGUGAGGAGGGUGGUAGUGUAGGAGUAGGGGGAGGAGGAAAAGGAGGAGGGGAUGGAGGGGUGGGAGGGAGGAAACUGCAGGGAAAAGGGGCGGAUGAGGAGGGGGAAGGGGGAGAGGAGGAAGAGGAGGAGCCGGUGCGUCUGUUGGUGAGAGGAGAGCUGCCCUGGGCACACAGUCCCAUGGCCUUUGCUCCCUCUGCUCCCCGUGGCGCUGCCUUCCCACGCUCCUUCUCCUCCUCUCCUUCUCUCGCGCUCUCUACCGGUCUCGCUUCUAUUCCCCCCCAUGCUGCUGCUACUGCUUCUGCUGCGGGAAGAAUGGACUAUCAGCAGCAGCAGCAGCAGCAGCGACUGCACCACACGGUUUCCCUGUCCCCUCACAGCAACCACGAUACCACGGCCGAGCCUGAACCCGGCUGGGCAGCUGGAAGUGUUUUCGGGCUGCCCGGAAGCAGUAGCUCGCACACGUGGCAGGAACGGAGUUUGGAGGAGGAGGAGGAUGAUUUUGUCGAAUUGAAUGGAUGGGAGGAGGAUGAGGGGGAUGGGGGGCAUGGGGGACAUGGGGGACAUGGGGGACAUGGGGGACAUGGGGGAGAGAUGCCACCACACGAUCAUGGAGCAGAGAGGGCGCAUUGUGGGGUGGGGAGAAGGGAGGGUGUGACGGCAGGCAUGGGCAUGGGGAGGGGCAAGGGCGCUGGCACAGUGGGUGCUGGCAGUGGGCGUGUGCGAGAGUUGCAGCAACAGCAGCAUUAUGAGCAGCAGCGGCAGUACCAGCAACAGUACCAGCUGCAGCAGCAGCAGCUGCAGCAGCAGCAGCAGCAGCAGCAGCAGCAGCAGCAGCAGCAGCAGCAGCAGCAGCAGCGUGGCGAGAGGGAGGCGGUGUUCCGAAAGGCAAGGAGCGUGCCAAAGAGGCUGCUGAACCAGGUGUCUGUGACAGGCCCAGGGGGCAUGCCUCAGCACGCCAUGCCUGGCACAGGUUCUGGGGGCAUGGGCGGAGGCAUGGGGGGUAUCAGCACACGGGGCACGAUGGGCGGGGGCGUGGGCGGGGGCGUGGGCGGGGCAAUGGGAGCGCAUGGCACGGGGUGUGCGAGUGCAGCAGUGGCAGGGGCAGGGGCGGGUUCCCCACGCUCCUCCCACUCGCCCUCUCCAUGCCUCUCCAUGCCUCUAACCCACCACCUGAUUCCCUCCCCUCGUGCCAAUCAUCCCAGUGUGUUUCCCCCCACCCGCCGCACACGCACACUCUCAGGCCUCCCAGACACCCUGCAGCAGUUUCAAUUCCCGCCCUCCUCCUCCCUUCCCUCAACCGUCCAAGCAGGUGUGUUCUCACCCCCUGUGCUCCUCCCCCCGUCCUCCUCUCUCCCGGGCCCGCUACCAUCCCCCAGACCUGCUGUGCCGCGGCAAGGGGGCUUAGCCCUCGCCUCUCCUAGAGCGACUCUUGGUUUCAACCCUACCUCUGCUACUGGUGGUGCUGGUGGUCCUGCUGCUGCUGGUGCUGCUGCUGGUGGUGCAGCAGGGAGAGAGUGGGCAGGAGGCAAGGCAGGGCGGCCUAUAGUGAGAGUGAAUCCCUUGCAGCUGCCGGGACAGGGGGUGAGAGACAUGGGGAGAGGCCGCGGGGGGAGAGGUUCGAGAAACGCGGAGCGGUAUGGACAGAGCUUGGGGAGAGGGAACGAGGAGGAGGAGGAGGAGGACAAUGCAGGGGGGACGGCGGGAGAGGAGGGGGACAGUGAGGAGGACUUCUGGGGAAGAGGGGCGCGAGGAGGGGGAGUGGGGUACCUGAUGGGGCCUCUAUCCGCCCGCGGGGCGGGUGGGCGGGAUAGUGUGGCGUUUAGUCACGCCCAUGCCCACCAGCAGGAGCACCACGGCCAGCAAGGCGGGUGGCAGGCGCUGGUGACACCGCGGCGGGAUGGCAGGGGGGGAGCAGGAGGGAGGGGGAAAGCGGCAGAGUGGAAGGAUCCGGAUGGGUGGUGGGGUCGUCAUGAUGAUGGGGUUGCUGCUGCUGCUGCUGCUGGGCCUGCUCGUUCUGCUGGGAGUGCUAGUGCUGGCAGUAGUUGUGGCAGUGGCUCUGAUGCUGCUAUGAACGCCUUUGCUCGUGGUGGUGCUGGUUCCAGAGGUCAAGCAAGAGAAAGCGCACUAAGCACACUCCCAACCGCACACGCCCCUUCACUGCGGCUCAGCUCCCCGCCCCUGCAGCAACGCCACUUCCCCACCUCCCCUCGCCCAGGCCCCACUACCCCUCACCUCCUCCCCUCCUCCCCCCGCCCCCAGCCCUCCUCCUCCCGCGCACUGCCCCUCUCCCCCCGCCCCUACCACGCCCCAGCCUCCGCUUUCCCCCUCAAAGCACCCCCCUCCCCGCCUCUCUCCCGGAGAACCUCCGGCUCUCCUCUCUCCCCCCGCCCCCCCCACGCCUCAGCCUCCUCUCUCCCCCUCAAAGCCCCCCUCUCCCCGCCUCUCUCCCGCAGAACCUCCGGCUCUCCUCUCUCCCAGCGCCUGUCCGGCUCGCCUCUCUCGCAGCGCUUGUCAGGCUCGCCCCUGUCCCACAGAACGUCAGGGUCGCCUCUGUCCCACAUGGGGAGUGACCUGGAGGGAGAGGUGGAGAGAGCGUGGCGGCGCACAGGAGGCCCUUCGUCCCCUCCUCUGGAGGUUUCUCUGAGGAAGUUUAGGAGGGAGCUGAGUGGGAGGCUUAGUGGGGGGGUGGGUGGGGCGCAGGGUGGGGACGGGGAGGGCGGGAGGGAGGAUGGGGCGUUUGAGUUUCAGCACUCCAGCCCGUGCAAGCCGGGAGAAAGGGCGCUGGUAUCACAUGAGAGGCACCGGCAUGAGGUGGGAGCGGAGAUGCAUCCUGCAGAUCACCAUUACCACCACCACCACCAGCCGCAGCCGCAGCCGCAGCAGCACCAGCACCAUCAUCAUCAUCAGCAUCAUCAUCAUCAGCAGCAGCAGCAGGUGUAUGCUGGCAUGAUCGAGCCACAGCAGGUGGAGGAACCACCAGUACGAUCAGAGAUUCUCAUUAUUGACAACUCGUCUCCCAGCGAUAGUGAGGAAGACGAAUCCGACCUGCACCACCACCUCCACCAGCUCCACCAGCAGCCGCACCAGCAGCCGCACCAGCCCCACCUGCCGCACCACCACCCUGAUUUCUCCACUCACCAUCCUGUCCCCUUUCCGGUUCCUGCUCCUGCCACGACUCCGUCUUUCCAUCCCCCACCUGCCAGCCCUGCGAUCCUGCUGGCUGCUGCGGGGGCUGCCCUGACGGCGUCCACCAGCCUCUUAUCUGGAUCACCAGCAGCAGCUACUCCCUCUCUCGCACUCACCACAGGGACACGUGGCCUGCCCACACUCCAUGCCUCUGCUGUUAUGCCCCGCAUUCCCACGCCUUGGCUCGAUGGCCAGGAUACGAACGUGUCUGUUCUCGCCGAAAGCGACGGUACCAUGAUUACAGACCUGCAGCAGCAGCAGCAGCAGCAGCAGCAGCAGCAGCAGCAGCAGCAGCAGCAGCAGCAGGGAGAGGGCUCGGAGUUUGGCUCUCCUGCCCGCCAGGAGCAGCAAGCAGACUCGGAGGCGCCUCUAUCGCCUCUCACCCCGCCCCUCUCGCCCCUGCUCCAGCACCGCAUGCUUCUGUUCUGCGGGCCUGGGUGCGUGCCCUUGCCCUUUGCCCCUGCUGCCCUGGGAAUAGACAUGCCCAGGCGUCUCUCUGCCAAAGAUAGGCAGGCGUCUGCUCCUGUGGGUGCUGCUGGCGCGUUUGGGAUGGGAGGAAUGGGCGGAGAGCUGGGUUCAGCAGAGACAGGAGGAACAGGAGGAGGGGGUGGAAGGGGAAAAGGCAGAGGAGGGGAAAUGGCGCAGAGUAUGAUGGAAAGGGAGGGACAUGCCAGCGGGGUAGAUGGUGGGGGUGAAGGGUUCGCAAGGGCGGGGGGAAAACAAAGGCCAGGAAGCUGGAAAGACAGGGCUGAUGGUGGCGGCGAGGCAACAGCAGGGAUGGGGAAGUCUCGGGGUUGGAGUGGGGAAACGAGUGUUACACGGACUGUCACAGGGAGUGCUAUGGGGAGUUUCGAAGGGCAUGGGGAAGCGCCGGUAAAUGGAGGGUGGGGAUCUCCUGGGGAAGCGGUGGUGGCGGGGCGGGGAGUGGUGGGAAAGGAGUUGAACGAGCAGCGGCGGGCGGGCAGGCGGAAGGGGUCAUGGGGCAGUGCAGUGUUUGAAGGGCUCAUGCUGCGCCGCCAGCGCUCCAAAGCCAAGGUGCGUGUGUAA